AUGAAACCACAGUCCAGGUCGACAAAGAGGCAGGCGAAAUCACAUCGCCGGUCAAGAGCGAGUCGGAUUGGCCUUGGGCCUGCGAUCGGCGAGCCGUACACCAUCUUUUCUCGCCGCAUGAAGAUAUGGAUCACCUUCAUGGCGACGGUGGCCAGUGUUGUGUCGCCCAUGACGGCCCACAUCUACUUUCCGGCGCUGGACGCCUUGGCCGAGGAGCUGAAUGUCUCCAACUCACUCAUCAACUUUACCUUGACGUCUUAUAUGAUUUUCCAGGGGCUCUCACCGACGAUAUUUGGUGAUUUCGGCGACAUGGCAGGCCGGCGACCCGCCUUCACCGUGGCCUUUAUCAUCUAUCUAUUUGCCAACAUUGGUCUCGCCUUGCAACGCAACUACGCCGCCCUCCUCGUGUUACGCUGUGUCCAGUCGGCAGGCAGCAGCGGUACCCUCGCGCUGUCGUACGCCGUGAUUGCGGACAUCACGCCAACCGCCGAGAGGGGCAAGUACAUGGGCUUUGUCAGUGUUGGGGUCAAUAUCGGACCCGCCAUUGGCCCUGUCAUAGGAGGAUUGCUGAGUCAAUACUUGGGAUGGCCGUCCAUCUUCUGGUUCUGCGCCAUCUUUGUCGUGGUAUGGCUGGUUCCAUGGGUUGCCACCGUUCCCGAAAUGUGUCGAAACGUUGUUGGAAACGGCUCUAUACCUCCUCAGUCUUGGAACAUUACCUUGUUGGAGUUUCUGCGGAGAAGAAAGACUGGAGAUGUGCCGGAACCUGGGCCCAAGAGAAAGCUGCGGUUUCCCAAUCCUCUAGGCACUCUGGCCAUUGCCUUUGACAAGCAGAUGAGCCAAGUCCUGCUGAUUGCGGCCGUCAUUUACGUCAAUUUCAUCCUGGUUGCCGCCACUCUAUCGACCCAGUUUGCCGAGAUAUACAACUUUGGGGAAUUAGAAGUGGGGUUGUGCUUCCUACCAUACGGCCUGGGAUGCUGUUUGACGGUUGUUUUGCAAGGAUAUGUAGUGGAUUGGAACUACCGCCGCAUCGCAAAGAAGCUGGGGGUAGAUGCAAGCCACGGGCGCCGCAACGAGAUUGGGGACUUUCCCAUCGAGUCGGCACGCAUCCAGCCCAUCUAUCCCUCAUUGUUAGUCGGUGCUGCCGCUGUCAUCGGCUACGGCUGGGCGUUGCAGGCAGAGACGAGCGUAGCUGUUCCGCUCGUCCUCGUCUUUCUAAUUGGCAUGCUGGUCCCAAGCACUUUCAGCAUUCUCAACACGCUCAUUGUUGAUCUAUACCCCGGUUCAACAGCCACGGCAGCAGCAGCGAACAAUCUCGUCCGCUGUUUAUUUGGCGCUGCGGCCACGGCCGUUGUUGAUUAUAUGCUUGAUGCCAUGGGUCGAGGGUGGUGCUUUACGUUUCUUGCACUACUCAUGGUGGCAUGCUUGCCCUGGCUCAGGUUCAUUGAAAAGAGAGGUCCUCACUGGAGGGCAGAGAAGUUGCGGAGGAAAAACAGCACUCAAAACGGACAAGGGGGGCCGGGGCCGACGGAGGCCAAAUGA